AUGGCUCGUUCUGCAUCAGGCUCCACCGGCCUCCUUAUGCUGCUGUGUGCCGCUGCCGCGCUCUGCUUUCUGCAGAGCGCCUUCGUUGGCCCCACCAAGGCAGAGGUCUCUCAGGACGCGGCCAAGCUGGCAGUGGCCGGUGCUGUGCUGGCAACGCCUGAGGCGGCCCAUGCACGACUGCCAGAGGACGUGAUAACUUUUUCUCCAAUUCUGAUAGGCCUAGCAAAGCAAACUCCCCACUUUGAGGAGUUUGUGAUCUUUGCGCCCAUUGUGGAUGUGCUUCCUAUCCUCCCCGUCUUCUUCUUCCUCUUGGCCUUCCUUUGGCAGGCAGGUCGAGUCUCGCAGCAACCCAACGUUUGUUCCAAAAUGGUUGAGCUGGCCCCGAGGGGGCUGCGAGAGCUGGUGAUGGGGAGCGCCAAUGUCUUGAAUGAGACACCAGGCACGGACGGUAUGGCCAUUGACCCCAACCCAUCCGCCAGGCUGCCGUGGGCUUCCGCUGAAGCACUGGAGUGGAGCUGUGUAGCCGCCAAACCUGAGCAGAGCAGGUGCCAAUUCUAG